CGCAGCUUCGGGAUGGGCUCGGUGGCGCUGGCCGCGGCUGGGGACUGGCUGGAAACGGCCUCCUCCUAGUGGCCCCGAACGACAGCACGAGCGCAGCAGCUGCAACCGCCGCGCCAGACAAGCCACUCGGCAGCUGGCGAAGGGGAGGGGCAGGUCGAAGGCACCACGCCUUCCUCGCGCCGCCCAGCCUUCGCUCGCUCGCUGCCCGGCGUGGUGCAGCGCGCCCCAGCUUGGAAGCCUACGAGCCGCGAGAGGAACGGUAUCGCCGCCAGCUAGAGGCUGGUAUGCUCUGGGUGAGGCGGGCUGGAGCCCCGGUUGCUCUGCUGGUACGAAAGUACGAGGAAAGGAAUCCGAGAGCGGGGUGAGCGGAGGGGCGCUGCGUGAGGCGAGCGGGCAGGGCACGCGCGGACGGGCGAUGAGAUUCUGUGAGAAGUUGCAGCUGCCGAAGGGGAAGCCGCUGCACGUGCCUUUGGAUUGUUUCGGUCGGCGCAGGCGGAGCACCCCAAGAUAUCCCAGCCCUAAGGAGAUAUGCAGCAUAGUGAUGUUCUGCCAGCACAGAGGAUGAAUCCUGAGUCUGUUAAACCACCAAAUGAAAACAUCUGAAGCUGCCAUUUCUUCCAAAAGAACUCAUCUCUGUAGUCUGAAGAUCAACUGUAAUUCCAGGAGAACUCCAAGCCUCAUCUUGAUGUUGGUAACCCUAAGAACCGGUUAAACAACAAAACCUUUCAAGCUGAUGUUAUUAAGAUGAAAAUCUCCAAAGAAUUUCUGUGUCUUGGAAAUUACAUGUUAAAGGAACAUAUUUAAACCUCAAAAGUAUAUACUUUUUAAACUUUGUUCACUUUUGGAACGAUCGAAGAACAAUGAAUUCAUUUUGUUUUGGAUGCCUGUUUACAUUGUACAGUGAAAUCCCAUUCACUACAUUUUGCUCAAUGGGGAAAACCUGAACUGGAAUUUUAUUUGUCUUACUAACUUUAUCUUAUUGAGCCAAAUUCUUAUAAAUAAGUCCAGACUACAUUUUAUUUACAUCUAAUAUACCGCCAUAUAUAUUUUGAAUCCGUUUUGGUUGCUAGUGAUGUUUUUACAUGGCAGCAUCUUUAUCUGUUUGCGGAGGGUAUUCAUGAUUCCUUCUUCUGGAAUGACUUUCACCCAUCUGAACUUUUUGCCUCACAGCUGUCAAUGGCGCAUUUCACCAGUAUUUUAAUGGUAUGAAGCAUUGCAUUCGUUGUUGCAUACCUCUGUUACCAAAUGACUUGCACAAACACUGUUCCAAGUGCCGAGGGCCAAGUCACAAUAACAAAAAUUGUCAUCCUUACAAAAGAGAAAAUAAAGUUCUGUUGUGCUUGGAUAGCAAACAGAUGAACUUGCUUGCAGUUCUGGAAGUAAGGACUCAUCACAGUGAAGGCUGGAGUGGACUGUUUGGCCUGAAGAAAGGAAAGCUGUGCAGCUUAAUGUUUGGAUUAUUAAUAAUGAUGCUAGUGAUGGCAUCUUAUAUACUGACUGGAGCCAAACAUGGCCUCUUGCUGAUACUGCCCACACUCCAUUAUGGAGCUUUUACUAGCGGUUCAAACUUAAUGGACAGUGAAACCCUCUGUGAUGUGAAAGAUCAUUACCAGACAUAUACACUGAAUAUUUCAUAUGCCAAGGAUUAUCCAAGUAUUAAAGUAAUUAUUGACACUAUUACUUCAAAUGUUGAAUUCAUCCCCAGACAUUAUCCACACUUAGAAGAGCUGAAAAAACAAGAGUUGCAUAUGUUCUCAGUAAUUCCUAACAAGUUUCUUCCAAACAGCAAGAGUCCUUGUUGGUAUGAGGAAUACAAUGGAAACAUGACUACAGAUCCCUAUGCUACAAACUCCUAUGCAUUGUAUUCCAAACGUUUUCGGGCAAUAUUUGAUUACCUCAGAAAGGUGUUUUGGAGCCAUUUGUAUCAUUACAAGGACAAGCACUACCGGCUGCGCUGCCUUCCCCAUUUCUACAUCAUAGGCCAGCCAAAGUGUGGAACAACAGACCUUUAUGACAGGCUGAGGUUACAUCCUGAUGUGAGAUUCUCAGCUAUUAAGGAGCCUCACUGGUGGACAAGAAAGCGGUUUGGGAUAAUUCGUCUAAGAGAUGGAUUCCACGAUCGCUACCCAGUAGAAGACUACUUGGAUCUCUUUGACUUGGCUGCCCAUCAGAUUCAUAGUGGGCUACAAGGUGAUGCUGCAAAAGGCUAUAGCAACAAGAUGAACAACAUCAUUAUUGGUGAGGCCAGUGCUUCAACCAUGUGGGACAACAAUGCUUGGAUUUUCUUCUAUGACAACAGUACUGAAGGAGAACCUCCGUUUUUAAUACAGGACUUUAUCCAUGCCUUCCAGCCAAAUGCAAAGCUGAUUGUGAUGCUUAGGGAUCCUGUUGAAAGAUUGUAUUCUGAUUAUCUCUACUUUGCAAGUGCUAACAAAUCCGUAGAGGACUUCCAUGAAAAAGUGGCUGAGUCUCUGCAGCUGUUUGAGAAUUGCCUGGUGGAUUAUUCCCUAAGAGCUUGUGUGUACAACAACACCCUUAAUAAUGCCAUGCCUGUACGACUUCAGGUUGGUCUAUAUGUUGUUUUUCUCCUGGACUGGCUUACAGUUUUUAAUAAAAAUCAAAUGUUAGUUCUGCGUUUGGAAGAUCAUGCAUCCAACGUUAAGUAUACUAUGCACAUGGUAUUCCGUUUUUUGGAUUUAGGUGCCCUGAAUGAAAAACAGGAAGUUCUAAUUACUAAGAGUCCUGCAUCCAACACUAGAAGGCCUGAGGAUCGCAAUUUAGGUCCUAUGUUACCUCUUACAAAGGAAAUUCUACAAGAUUUUUAUCAGCCAUUCAAUGCAAAACUUGCUCAAGUUCUUUGUGAUGAAGCUUUUUUAUGGAAAAAGCCUUGAUCUGUUCAGUGCCACAACACAAUUGCAGUGCUUAGAGGGGUAAAAAAAACCUUUUUAAAUCCUGUUUUUCCGGUGCAAGUAAUUACAUUUUACCCACUCUGCGGUCAAGAAAACCCAAUGCCUUCUUUCCCACAGAUAGCAUACAAAGAAACAAGAACAUAGAGCUCCAUGAUUAUGAAACUGUUGAAACUUCUGUCUCCACAAAAGAACAGUAUACAAAUCAUAUGAAGCAGUCUUACAGUUAUCUGGUUAUGAUUAAGAAAUAUAUUAAGCAAUUUCAACACAGCGAUUAGUACUAGCCACCUAAAAAUGCACAUUCAUUCUCAUUUUUACAGUAUGUCUUGCAUUCCUUUGAAACUAUUCAAAAUAGCUUUUUAAGCAUUAAAAAUUACCAAUUUUAA